AUGGCACUUCUCUUCACCAUUUUUCUUGUUUUGACUCUAGUUGUGGCAAUGGGAUUCUACUAUGAACACCCCACAGCAAACAUCCCACCUGGAUUCAGCGAGCGCAAAAAGCUUUAUGCUUUUCAUUACAUCAUGAACUUUGGUUUCGGUCUGGCAAUAUUACUGGAAAAACUUGGUAUCAUGUCAGAAGUCAGUUUACUCAGAGCUAUAAUGGAUGGAAUACCACCACUAAAAGAUAAACGUCUUAUUAUCAAGGACUUAAUCUUUGAAAAGGUUAAAGUGAGACUGUACCAGCCAAAAACAUCAACCAGUGGCCAAAGGAGAGGAGUCCUCUACUUUCAUGGCGGGGUUGGACGGUUUGGAAGCAUUCGGGCCUAUGAAAGAACAUGUCGCAUUCUUGCUAGGAAAACCAAUUCAGUGGUUGUGUCUGUUGGGUACCGCCUGGCUCCUGAGUUCCCAUAUCCAACCCAAUUCCAGGACUGUCUCACUGCCACCAUUCACUUCAUGAAGACAGCACAAGAUUAUGGAGUGGAUCCUGCCCGCAUCAUUGUCUGUGGAGACAGCAGUGGAGGGACACUGACUGCUGCUGUUGCCCAAGCGCUGGUGAACAGAAAAGAUGUCCCAAAGCUGAGGGCACAAAUCUUAAUAUACCCUUUUCUCCAGGCCGCAGACUUUAAUUUGCCUUCUUAUCAGCAGAAUGCCAAAAUUCCUGUUUUGAUAAGGGAACGAACCCUUGUUCUUGGUUUGAAGUAUCUCAAUAAAGACUUGUCUGCUGUAAAUGUAUUACUUGAAGGUUCCCAUAUUUCACAAAAGCGAAGACAGAAGUAUCAGAAAUGGCUGAGUGCUGAUAAUAUCCCUCAUGAGUUUAAAACGAGAGGCUACACACCUCCAGGACCACCAGCACCGUACUCAGAAGAAAUCUACAAGCUGGCCAAGCCUUUUCUUGAGCCUUUGUUUUCACCACUGCUGUGUGAAGACAGUGUCAUUGCCCAGCUUCCUGAGACCUUCAUUCUGACCUGCGAAUACGACGUGCUCAGAGAUGAUGGACUGCUGUACAAGAAACGAUUAGAGGAUCAUGGUAUAAAAGUGACCUUGUGCCAUCUGGAAGAGGGGUUCCAUGGAACAAUAUUCUUGGCUGCUUAUAGUAAGGUGGCAACAUUCCAAUCUGGAAUUAAAGGCCUGGAAAAGAUAACAAAAUUUCUAAGAUUGAUGUAA